AUGCCACCAAUAUCCUCCCGACGAAGCUCUCACUCCCACGCCAACCUUCCUAUAGGUCUUUGCACAAGUCUCGCCCUCAUCACAGCCCUGAUAUACUUACAACUCCUCUACACCCUCUCCCGGAUCCUCCAACCAUUCUCCAAUUCAAGCCAGGAGUUUCCACCUCUACGACGCGCUAUCGAAAAGGCAGAGAAACUUACCGUGAACAUCAUCCUCGGCAUCGUUCCUACAUCAUUAUACCGCUCGCCGCCAGCCUCAAGCGGACUCCACAUACAUGAGGACUCGGCCCACCGUGCCCCAUCUGUUCCACGAUAUGUCUACGAUCCCACAUCACUUUCCCAAGCCAGAAAUGCCCUGCCAGCCCUAUCACGAUGCUACCCGGCGAACUCCAUCGAGCGAACCGGUAUAGUUCACCAUGACUCCCACCUCCCUGUGCUCGUGACGCCAGACCGCUACGUCAAAGACUCCCCGGUCCAUGACACAGUCAAAAAAUACACCACCAGCAAACAACGCAUCUCUGUCGUCGAAAUUCACCAGUCUCAACAAGUCACCCAGACUCAUCAGCAGACAGAACCAGCUUCAAUCACUGUGCCUGUCAUCCCAGUCCCACGCGAAAAAUCACCUGUGGCAUCGUUUGAUGGCGCGCGCGAGGCGAGUGUGCAUUCGUGCCCGACAGAGACGGAUCAUUCAAGUAACUUGUUGAUGCUGCGAAUGAGCAAGCGGGCAAAGUCGAGGUCUACAGAGAGUUAUCCUGGCAAGUUCCCUGUCAGUGAUGGAUUGGAGUACAGUAAUCUUGCGACGGCUGCAUUGAACUUUCGGGAGAGAGGAACUACUUCUGUGCGACCUUUCUCGGAUUAUUAG